CCUCAACCUAACUUGGCCUCAUAAUUUGCACCUUCGUUGGGGCUCAUGCAACAGAUUCUAUUUUAUUUCCUGCACCGAUAAGACACUGCAAUCGCUCCUGCGCAUCUGCACUCGCUAGAUGGGGAGCCGGCCCGAUACCUACUUAUUAUCGUGUCGAAGAGAUCUAGGCUGCGGCUGAAAUGUCGCAAACGAUAACGACCCCUCAUUCUUCAAUACGCCUCAGAUGAGAGGCUUGGAAAUGGAGCGCAUCCACGACCGUUCGGAACUAAAACCUUGUGGGCUUGCAGGUUAGGUUUAUUGUCUCGACGCCACGCUUUCAGACAGCGAUGCAAGUUGUGAAAAGAUUGACCUGUCCUGCAAGCCUCGUAGAGCUGAAACGCAGCAUAGCCUUUGUAGCUGAAGUAUAUAGGUAGGAUGGUGAUAUUGUCGAUGCACUAGCAUUGCAAUCAACUCAGACCUCCAUGGUCAAUCCUGCCGAGAAAGAGCAACUAUGACUACCAUCACAAACUCCUCUUUGGUUCUCAUCUCUUGCAAGUCAGUCGUUCCCUCCAAUACUACCAUUGGAUUUCACGCUGAAUCAACUUGCGGCCGCGGUACCGCCUCCAUAAUCUGGAACUGCCUCACUGUCAUGAUCUUCGCCGUCUGGUCCACCAUCCACCUCAGUACACGCACCCUGCACUCGCCUCUCUGGUAUAAAUCCUUGCUCCAGACCGGGACCUACUACUUCUGGUCCCCAUGGCGGAGACUUCUACGCAAGGAGGCAGAUGACUACAUGAGUGAUGUCGAGUUUCCGAACUUCACUUCGAGGAAGAUUCUCGAGGCUGUCAUCACGGUCCUGUUCCCAGAGACGGGUGUAGUCGUGGCAGUUGAAGAGGUCAUUGUAGCAUGGUAUAUACGGCGCGCUACAAGCAAAGUAGAGGGCUGGGAAAGCUUCUCACUCAAGCAAGCACAUCUUAUCGCCAUGGGCGGCAUCCUAGUCCCUGGUCUCGAAGCAACACAGGAUUUCGACCAGCUAGUCCUGCGCCGCAAAAUGAGCUUUGCCAUUUUCCCUACCCACGCACAGAUUUCGCGUCGCGCCAAAAAGGACUACACCGACAAGGCGAUUGCCCUGUUCCAAGGGGUCUACUUUAUAGGGAACUGUUGGAUGCGAUACCGCCACAAGUACAGACUCGCACGCCUGGAGUUCAUCGCGCUAAACUACCUCAUCUACGCAGUCCUCGUAUCCGCACUACGAUAUUCGAAACCGCAGGAACUACAGGACCCGUUCCAGUCGAAAUGGUCACAUGAAGGAACGGACAUUGACUAUUUAGGCGGCAGCGGAGAAGGACGUGGGGGCGUAGCUGACCUUAAUUCUCCUUUCUACAUUUGGUACACGCGCAAAAGAUGGCACAUCUUCGCUCUUAUUCUCCUUGCUCUCGGCACGGCUGGCGUCUUGAACUUCUGCUACCGCAUAGGCCCUACGCACGAGACACAAUCUCUACUCUGGCGCAUCACUUUCCUGGGCAUUGUUUGCAUCUCCUGCCUCCCCCUUCGGCAGAUUGCACAUGAGCGAAAUGCACUUAGGGCUGAGAAACCGGGGCUGCUGGAUAGAGUCGCAGACGUGUAUGUUGGGAUGUGUUGCCUCGGAUAUGUGGCAUUACGGUUGUACUUGUUGGUUGGCGCGUUUUUAAGGUUUAGAGUGGCGACAGCAGAUGUGUACGUGACGGCGCCAUCGUGGACGCAGUAUCUAGGCCAUGUUGGAGGCUGAAAGUAGGAUGCAAGAAUGGUGCUUUUGUCUCUUUCUUUGAUAUCGCAAGUGUGUGUCUCUUGCGAGUGAUCUUGUUGAUGUCUACGUCUGGUGUUCAAGGUGCGGCUAGCAUCAAUAGGCCAAGUGUGCUCGUUCGGAGAAUCUAUGACCA